UGCUGCCGCCGCUAGAGCGGACGCCCGGCGGCUCCGGCCCGGCCGAGAUGGGGAGCGGCGCCCCGCAGCCCGGGAGCCGGGACUGAGCCAGCCCCGGGGCAGUGCGGGGGGCCUGGCAGGAUGGGCGGGGGCUGACGGCUCUCAGCCGCACCACCCCGCGGCCCGGAGCCGGGCGGCGUGUCCGCGGCGUCUCCCCCCGGUCCCGGAGAAGCGGCGUUCGCGGCUCGGCUCAUGCCCGUGGGGCUGCGGGCUGUGCCCAGCUCUCCGUGGGGGAGAGCCCCCCGCUUGUGAGCGAGGCGUGGGGGAGAAGCCGCCGAGUAUUGCCAUGAGCCCUGGGGCCAGCCCCCUGCCCCUGGCCACUGGGGUGCUCUGGGGCCGUUGGUAAGAAGCUCCCUGGAUUUUGUUUCCAAUCGUGUGGGGUUUUUGUUUUGUUUUGUUUUUUUUUCCCUGCUGGCAGCAAUGAGGGACGAUGCCGGUUGUAUUUCUGUCUGGUGAACGAAGCCCUCCAGCUCUGCGUCCCUGCGGGGGCGACCCUCAGAGUGCUGGGGGUCUGCACUUCCACUGAGGCGGGCACAGAGCGGGCACCCUGCCUUGGAGCUGCUGAGAUCUGCUGCCCAGCUGCCUCGCUUCCCACCAGGGGCUACCGAGACCAAAUGCUUUUGCAUGAAGCCCAGGGGAGGCGUUUCAGGUGAGGCUCCUGGUGGCUUGGCUAUACCAUGGGCACCAAGCAGACCAAAGGAUGCCAGCCUCCCGGUGCAGGGGAGAGCCCCCAGUCACACAAUCCAGGCUCCCGCAAGAAGAUGCCAGCUAGGGACCGGGGAGACUUCCUAGCUUCCUUCAUGGUGAAGUCCAGUGAUAAGUUUGGGAAGAGUGGUGGGAACUUGCCCCCUUAUCACCGGCGGAUCAGUAUGAUCCAGGACAUGCUGCUGCUAGUGAAGCAAGGGAAACAGGAGGAGGCGACUGAACUGCUGAAACACCUGCGACAGGACUUAGGAAUGGAAUCGACCUCCCUGGAUGAUGUCCUGUAUAGAUAUGCCAGCUUCCGAAACCUGGUGGAUCCAAUCACCCAUGACUUGAUCAUCAGUCUCGCUAGAUACAUCCAUUGCCCCAAACCGGAAGGAGACUCGUUUGGAGCCAUGGAGAAGGUCUGCAGGCAGCUGACCUACCACCUCAGCCCUCACUCGCAGUGGAGACGCCAAGGGAUCAUGAAGAGGAAGUCUCAGUCCUGCGUUACACUGUUCAGCUGGGUAUCCACAACAACCCCCGAGUCGCUGUUUCCCAGGACAGAGUCCCCAGUUCUCUUGAAAGCUAUCCUGGUGGGGACGCCUCAGAACAACACAGUGGAUCUCUCUGGCAUCCCUCUGACACUGAAGGACUUGGACCGCAUCAUCUCAUACCUCCAGCACAGCUCAGAGCACAUCGACAAUGUGGAGCUGUGCUUUACGGAGCUGACCGACGAGAUGUUCCUUCAACUUCUGCCCAUCCUCAGUGCCCUGCCUCACCUCACCACUCUCUCCCUGAACGGCAACAGACUCACCAAAGCAAUCCUUCGGGACCUGACAGAAACGCUGAAGGACCCCAAGAAGUUCUCCAGCGUGACGUGGAUUGAUCUGGGCAACAACGUGGAUAUCUUUUCUUUGCCGCAGCCCUUUUUGGUCAGCCUCAAGAAACGAUGUCCCAAGCAAGGCAACUUGCCAACCAUUCUGGAGUUCGGGGAGGGCCAGAUGAGUGACUUGGAAAGCCAAGAGGACCUGUGCUCAGCUGACGAAGAUAGAAACCAACCUGACAAGAUCAACAAUGCAGAUACCAGACGGCUGCUGACAGAGAGAACAAUUGAGGUUGGGACGCUGACAAAUAAAUGUGACUCUGAGCAGGAAGCUGCUUGUGAGACAGCUCAGACAUGAUGUUCAGCCAUGUGUCACUUGGCUGGGUACUUUGAAAAGAGACACUUUAAAACGGAUACCUCACCUAUGAAGGUUCUUAUUAAGUGUUGAUUUACAUGUUCAGAUGUCUAUACAAUCAAUGCUUUGAGACUUUAGACUGUUGCCCCAUCAGUGUCCUCUCAUCGUAUGAAUGUCAACCCAUUUUGUGUCAUAGAGAACAUAAAAAUGUGAUCAAGCUGUAUACUUAUAUUUUAUAAAGCUGGCCAGGUACUUUUAAACCUUAGCAAUGAGCUGUGCUUUUUAUCUCUCUCUUUAAAAAAAAAAUCUAUAGCACCAAGGUAUCGUAAUGCCAGUUCCCUUAAAUAGCACAAAAGGAGAAGAAAGCAGCAAACAGAAUUUGCCAGAGAGGUCUCUGUUUUGAGAUGAGAUUGUUCUUACUGAAUCUAGCAAAAUCUUAGUUUUAAAGUUCUCUCUCUUGUAAACAAUGGAUAAAUGGCUGCCUUCCUAAGGAGGACUCUUGCGGAGACCAAAUUAAACCUAUCCCCACUCUGAACCGCACUGAAGAGUAGCAUACUUGGUCAAUGACAAAACAACCAGGGGAUAUUUCUUUGCACCAGCCAGUAAGGAUGAAAUUCACCUCCUGUGCAGAGGGGUCAGCACAAGGAGAAUGUGCCCCGUAAGACCUGUUUUAAUUGGAGUAUAGUUGUUGGCUGGGCAUAUGUACAGGGGUGAAUUUCCACUGCAGAUACUUGCUCCUUACCACCACCAUUUGGAAUCUAGAAAGGCUGUCUCAGUCUCUGGCCUUACAGGAGUUGGAUCAGCAAGACGUCCAGUACUGAGAGCACAUUUGGUCUUAGAGUUUGGCUACCACUCCCACUACUGUAAAUAACUCCUUUGCUUUCAGUGAAAUUACUUGGCCUUUACACCACUGUAACUGAGAGCAGAAUUUGGGACCAUCUGCAAAGUUUGAAUUCAGGGGUUUGGUUCAGGCCCAUCUCUAGUACAUGUAAAGGGACAGAGCUGUUCCUAACAAAUAUUUAUUACAAUAUGGAACGUUUAUAGAAGAAAAAUGAACAAAAAGUUUUCCUUUGGAAAUUUUUUAAUACACUGCCAUUCCAGGGUGGGCAGGCACAAGCCAACUGAAGAUACGUCAGGCCUGUACCAAUCUUUCAGGUUAUUUGACUGUCCCUACUCCCCCCGACCAGAAGUGCUUUGUUUCUAACAUUUUUAGAAGAGAAACAGUUUUGAAUUUCCAAUAGCAAAUGGAGAUGGGACUUGCACUGCUGGCUUUGAAUCUGGAUCCUGUCUUCCCCAAAGUUCACAGGUGUUUGGAGCUGGAAUUUGCAGUGAGACCCAUCUUUCUAGAGCAUUUUAGUAGACUUAUAAGGACCAAACCUGAUUUCCUGGCAUGAAAUGUAGCCAUUUGGCUUUCUGUUUGUAUCCUGUUAUUUGAAUAGCUAUAGAGCAUCAUCUCCUUGGCUCAAGCAUGAGUGACAACUCUUUUGGCUUUAUCUACAAGUACAAAUGCAUUCAGAGAGUUUUCAAUCUUCCCUUUGGCACUAGCCCCAUAACAUUGCUACACUAUAAGUCUGCUUCCCCUCCACAUGCAAGAAAAUAUCUUAUAAGAGAUUCUGCUACUCAUUUAAAUACAGCUGGCAAAAUUCAUUAUGAUUUGCAUGUAUCUAACAUUUUUCUAACAGCUCAUUCUUUUCACCAGGCAUAAAAACCUUGCAGUGAAUAAACUUUUUCUGUUUGCAGUAAAGGAGCUAUCCAUAAUCAAAAUAAAUGACAGUGUUUAAUAGAGA